AUGGACUUCUUCAAGCGCACUCUAACUUCUUCCUUGCACCCGUCUGCUACAGAUGAGGACUUGGAAACUCUACUCAAGGCCGAGGAUGGGGGAACCUCUUUCUCCACCAAAUAUGGUCUCCCAACCACAGCAAGCAGAUUCAUUAAGAAAAUCCUUCUGGCAAUCCUUCCCAACCCAAUACAACGUCGCCUCGCACCCCAUUUCUAUAAACCCUCACGAAUUCAUUCGACCUCAUAUCUCGAUGGGCUCCGCGGUAUGUGCAUGUCGCAUUUCAUUUUUCUAACCUGUGCUACAAUCCAAGAUGUAAGACACGUGUUUGUCGUCAAAUGCCGGAGUUACGUCUUUUCAAAACUCAGAUCCUUGCGCCGCAAGAAAAAGACUGACUCGGACAUCUUCACAGGUAUCGCGUCUUUCAUCGUCUUUGUUCACCACUUUACAAAUUGGGUGAAUCCAUAUCUGGCCUACUAUGGCGUGGAUAAUGAAAAACGGCCUUCCUCUCUCGUGCAAUUACCCUUUGUCCGAGUUAUUUACUCCGGCAGGCCCAUGGUCCAUGUCUUCUUCGUUAUAUCCGGCUUUGUUUUAUCUAGAAAGCCCCUUCGACUGGCCCGCGCUCACAAAUUCGAUGAGCUCCACAAGACUCUCUCAUCCUCGGUCUUCCGACGCAGUAUACGUCUCUACUUACCGGCAGCUUUCUCGACGUUCUUCGUCCUUUUGCUCAUCCGCGCCGGCUGGGCUCGGCAACCGGUCGACGGCGGGUUUCUAGCUCAAGUGGGAGACUGGACCAGUGCAAUGUUUGACAUGACAAAGCCGUGGCAGUGGGAUGUGAUCCAAAAUCUUCGAUACGACAUGCAUACGUGGACGCUUCCAGUCGAGAUGUCUAUGUCGAUGCUACUAUUCGUUACAAUAACCGGUCUUUCAAGGUGCAAAGUGCCGAUCAGACUUGGUAUGAUGAUAAUGGUCAUGCUGUACUGCUUCCAAAGCGGACGCUGGGCGGCCGUCGAAUUUCUAGGUGGUGCCUGGAUUGCUGAAGUCGACUUGAUACAAGAGGAACGUGCUAGUAAUGCGGGAAAUCUUCAAUCGACUACCCCUGUAGAGCAUCUCGACGGCGACCAGCUUAACCCAACCGAAAUUCCCAAAGCCGCUACGUGGAGCGGCCUCUGUUGGACCCUUCUCUGGUGGCUCCAACUCGCAAUCGCACUCUGGAUAUGCGGCUGGCCGAACCACGACGUAGAGAGAAAGCCCCGGGACUAG